CAACCCCCCCCCCCGCAUGGGCGCUGGAGCUCCUCCUGCCCCCCUGGCUGCCCCGAGCUCGGGUUCGCGCGCCCCGGUUCAGCCUUGGGGACAGCUGCACGUGCCCAGGGCGGCAAGUGGGUCCGUUGGUGCAUUCAAGCCGUUCCCAUCCCUGCAGCGGCACCCGUCACGGUGCCUGGCCUCAUCCUUCCCGCUGCCCCGGCAGCCCGUGCCCCCCCUGGCGCAGACGCUGGAGCGGUACCUGCGCUCGCUGGAGGUGCUGGUCACGCCCGAGGAGCUGGAGGAAACCCGGCAGCUGGUGCAGGAGUUCGGGGCACCCGGCGCGGAGGGGGAGCGGCUGCAGGCCCAGCUGGAGCGCAGAGCUGCCCGCAUGGAGAACUGGCUCUCGGAUUGGUGGGUGCAGAGCGCGUAUCUGGAGAGCCGCCUGCCCCUCACCGUCCACUCCAGCCCGGCUGUGGUGCUCCCCAAGCAGGACUAUAGCGACUGGAGGGGGCAGCUCCGGUGGUAUGCACAGAUGAGCGGACUUGAGGGGUCACUCUGCCCCAUGUCUCUCACGUCCCCCCCCAGGCAGGCGCUGCUGGUGGAGUACCGGGGGGGGCACCCCCAGUGCAUGGCCCAGUACAGCCGCCUCUUCGCCUCCUGCCGCCUGCCCGGCCCCAAGCACGACGGGCUCCUGCUGCCCCCCGCGGGGCGCCGGGCCCCCACCUUCAUCACCGUCGUCCGCAACUUCCAGUUUUUCCAGCUGGAGGUGUACAACAGCGACGGGACCCCCCUCACCGUGGACCAGCUGCACCUGCAGCUGCAGCGCAUCCGGGGGCUGUCGUGGAAGACGGACAAGGAGCCACUGGGGGUGCUGACGGGGGAUCACCGGCACACCUGGGGCCAGGCCUACAGCACCCUCAUGAGAGACCGGCUGAACCGGGAGUCGGCCCGGUGCAUCCAGCGCAGCCUCUUCACCGUCUGCCUUGACGCCCCGGUGCUGAAGGUGUCGGACGAGCGCUACCCCAGCCGCGUCGCCGCCCAGAUGCUGCACGGGGGCGGCAGCUACUCCAACAGCGGCAACCGGUGGUUUGACAAGACCCUGCAGUUCAUCGUGGGGGAGGACGGCGUUUGUGGGGUGCUGUAUGAACAGGCCUUGGUCGACGGGGCCCCCAUAGCCACCAUCAUCGACCAUGUCCUCGAUUACUGCAAGGACCCGGACACGGCGCGCGCCCCCAUGACGCCCCUGCCCCUGCCCCCCAAGCUCUACUUCUACAUCACCCCCGAGAUCAAGUGGGACAUCGAGCGAGCCAAGCAGAACCUGGACAUCACCCCCUGUGCUGACCCGGGUCCCCCCGCCCCCCAGGACGAGGAGACGCUGGCCCUGCUGCAGGCGGCUGUGGAAUCUCAGAGCGCCAGGACCGAACAGCGCCCUUACAUCAUCGCCACGCAUUGUCAGCUGCUCACUGGGCAGGUACUGCCCCAUGGCGCCCCCCAACUCACCCUCACCCACCCCACGACACCCCACGCCAUCCCCACGCACUGUCGGCUGCUCACCGGCCAGGUGGCUUCACGCUCCGACUGCCUGAUGGUCUACGGGCCACAGGUGCCGGAUGGCUACGGGGUCUGCUACAACCCGCUGGACGCCCACGUCAACUUCGCCAUCACGGCCUUCAACUGCUGCCGCGAGACCCACGCCCAGCGCCUGGCCCACACCCUGCAGCGGGUCCUGGACCAGCUCGCCCGCCUGCUUGGGGAGAGCCCGGGGGGCGCCGGCGGGGAGGGGGGCGGGGACGUGGAGGGGCAGCCCUGACGGCCCCCCACCUGCCACCACACACUUCAUGUACCCACAAUGCCCCUCUGCAGCACCUCACGUCCUUUUACCCACAAUCCUCCUGCCCAGAACCCCUCUGACCCCCCCCACCCAGCAUCCCCUUCUGAGCCCCUCGCUCCCUACCCAGAAUCCUCUGUGUCCCCUACCAUCCUACCCAGCAUCCCCUUCUGUGCCCCCUCGCUCCCUACCCAGAAUCCCCUUCUGUGCCCCUUGUUCCCCUUACCCACAAUCCCCUCUCUGCAGGGGGCAGCCCCCCCAUUCACACAGGUAAUUGAGAGACAAAUCUAACUUAUUUUCUGACGGAUGGAAAAUGAAUAAAAAUCAUGGUGCGAUUUGUA